CCCGCGCCCCGCGCCCCGCGCCCCCCCGCGCUCCUCGCGCUCCCCGCGCGCCCCGGCCGGCGGGGGUUUCUUCCCUUCUUACCCCACCGCUGUCAUGUCUCCGGGCCCGGCGCGGCGGGGUGGCGCGGCCCAGGUCCCGGCGCCCGCGUCGAGCGACCUCCUGGGGCCAUGAUCCGGCUCGGCGGCUGGUGUGCGCGGCGGCCCCGCAGCGCGGCGUGCCCGGCGGGGCAGCGCUGGGGGUCAGGCGGACCGGCGGGCCGGGCGGGCGGCCGCGCCCUGCGGGUGCUGGUGGACAUGGACGGCGUCCUGGCCGACUUCGAGGGCGGCUUCCUCAGGAAGUUCCGCGCGCGCUUCCCCGACCAGCCUUUCAUCGCGCUGGAGGACCGGCGCGGCUUCUGGUUGUCCGAGCAGUACGGCCGCCUGCAGCCCGGCCUGAGCGAGAAGGCCAUUAGCAUAUGGGAAUCAGAAAAUUUUUUUCUUGACCUGGAGCCUCUCCCAGGGGCUGUGGAAGCUGUGAAGCAGAUGGCCAACCUAGAAAACACCGAUGUCUUCAUCUGCACGAGCCCCAUGAGGACAUACAAGUAUUGUCCCUAUGAAAAGUAUGCCUGGGUGGAGAAGCACUUUGGCCCUGACUUUCUGGAUCACGUCGUGCUGGCCGCAGACAAGACUGUGGUCUCUGCAGACCUUCUCAUAGACGACCGGCCAGACAUCACAGGCAAGUGGCCUGCGGCAGGGGCCGAGCCAAACCCCAGCUGGGAGCACAUCCUCUUCACGGCCUGCCACAACCGGCACGUGCAGCUGCAGCCCCCCGGCCGCAGGCUGCACUCGUGGGCAGACGACUGGAAGGCCAUUCUGGACAGCAAGCGGCCCCGCUGAGCUGGACUGUGCUCUGGGCUUCUCCAGGGGGCCCUGGACCUCAGGGCUCCCAGCUCAGGGCCCCAGUGGGGGGUGGGGGGCGCCUAGAACUCUGGCCCCUGGGUGGCGGGGGGCUCCCUCUCACAUGGCCCAGGCCCACUGCAUGUCUCUCCGCUCUCCCCAGCCCUGCCAGGCCUUAAACUGAUCUCGGGGCAGGGCUGGCUCGCCCAAGGUCCCUGGACAGGACACAUCCAGCCAGGCAGCUCAGGCCGACCUCAGGCCAUGGCCAGGCUGGGACUAGGGGCUCCAGACCUCAAGGAGCGGAGGGCCGGUAGGCCUCUUCCCGUCCCUCAGGGAAGUCCCCCCAUCUGCGGCCCCUCGGCCAGGGAGCCAGCAGUGAGGUGCUUCCGGGGUGAGAGGGCUACAAGCAGGAGCGGAUGGGACGAGCCCCCACAUUCUGGGCCGCGACCCCUUCCUCCCCUGCCCUCCCACCCGGUCUCCGUUCCCCGCGGGGGCCCACCAUGGAUUCAGCAAACACUCCCUGAGCUCCAGGGCAUGCCAGGCUCUGUGCUGGCACCACAGGCUGCCCUGCUUUGGACCCGCUCAGAAGUUUCUCGUACCCAUGACCCGGGGGCCCUGCUCUGGGCCCAGCAGUCAGCAGCCUUGUACAUUUGUCGAAAGCUGGCAAAAUAAAUGGGUUUCAAGUGUUGCCCCAUAAUGUGGCCCCCUCU